AUGGUAAGUCUUCUUUUUGUUUUAUUCCUUCUCACCCCCCUUAUAAUUCUAGCACCCCCCAGCAUCCUCACCUAUGGACUCCGACGGUCCAUCUUACUGAACACCAGGCUUCAGAAUUGCUAUGUGGUUUCACCAGCUCUCACCAACAUCUGGACUGCCAGAACAUGUGCAAGGCAGAACAUCAAGACCCCAGCACCAGGUACCACCUCUUGCUGGGAAGUGGUAAAGAACCCAAUAAUUGCCAGUUCGUUCUCUCUGGCUAAGCUUGUGCUCUGGAGGCGAUUGAAGGAUAAAUGCUGUCCGGUACCUUCCAAGUUUGGAGAAGCAAAGCCACUGAAGAGAUUAAAGCCCAGGAACAAUUCAACAAUGAAUGCCACGCAGCAGGCCAGGAUAAGAAACUCCAUCAGAUCCAAGAACAAGCGGCCAGCAGGGCAGCUGCUGGGCUCACCUGGACGAGGACAGAGUCCUGCAGGAAGCAUCGGCGAGAGCAAAGAAAGUUCAAAGGAGAAAAAAGUAACAGUCCGCCAAGAUCUUGAAGAUAGAUAUGUGGAACGUGUGGCCGCCACCCAAGCACUAUCCUGGGACAGAGGGAUCGCAGCCUGGAAGGGCCGAGCGUUGCCUCCUGAAACCCCAAUGAGACAGCAGGUGCUGGGGGACUCCCUAACAAUCCAUGGUCUCCCCAGAGUGUUACCGGGCUCUGUACCAUGCCGUGGUGGAGCCGAUGCUGUGGUGGAGCCGAUGCUGUGGAAUCCUUCAGGAACCUCCAAGAGAUAUAGCUUGGAGCUGGGCAAGGCCAUUAAACAAAAACUUUGGGAAGCUCUGUGCAGUCAGGCCACCACCCUUGAAGGUGCUUAGAAGGACCCACUGUCUGGCAGGAUGGCUGGUUUCCAUGAGCCUGUGCCCAAGAAAUGGCCCAAGUUAAAGAGUGAAAAAUAAAAAUAGGAACCCAUGGGAAUAGGAUAUUCUCUGCUAGAUGUCUGAAAAAUAAACACUACUUUGCACCUUCUA